GAUCAACAAUCACUACGUCGAAACAUGGAUGAGAGCAGCACACUAAAGGAUCUCCAAUUUGACUUGCAACUUGUUCUCGGUGGUAAGAGGUCGAUCCCAGUAGCGACUCUGCUGGAACGUCUCAAGGCAUUACAAGCCGAGCUGGAAGAAUGCGAGCAGAACAGUGUUAAUCUCGACUCCUUAGCAACAGUAUCCAAGCAGCUUGUCAGUACCGAGCUUCUGCGCAGUAGGGAUAAAAGAGUCAGAGCUGUCACAGCUUGCUGUUUAGCAGACAUACUCAAAUUGUAUGCAGUCGACAUUCCACCUUAUAAUGACAGCGAACUGAAGGCAAUAUUUAGUCUUUUCAUCUCGCAAUUAAAAGAGCUGGCAGAUACAAAUAACGAAUAUUACCGCGAUCGAUUUUACUUGCUCGAAAGCUUGUCCAUGGUUCAGAGCAUUUUAAUCGUCAAGCAGCUAAGCAACUAUGCUGCAAUUAUGACCGAACUCUUCAGAGCAAUAUUCUCGUUGGCAAACUCUGGAAUCGAGAACAAAGUGCAAGUUUGCCUGGUUGAUAUUAUGAUACAACUUGUUGAGGAAGUCAAAGACAUACCCCGUGAAGUAGCCGAAAGCAUCUUUGAGGAAUUGAAACAAAAGACUACCGUUUCUCACCGCAUGGCCGUUGACCUUUGUAAAAAUACAUCGGAGGUGCUUCAGAAAUAUGUCUGUCAGUACUUUUCAGAUGUCCUACUUGAGGCAAAGGCCAGCGAUAGUGAAGAAGACUACGAACACCUAAAUGAAGCUCACGAGCUGAUUCAAGAGAUUCAUCGAACAGUGCCAGAUCUGCUACUCAAUGUCAUCCCUCAAUUAGAAGAAGAGACGAAAGUGGAUGAACUUCAUGUUAGAACUCUAGGAACUAAAACUCUGGGUAUCAUGUUUUCAGAAAGGAGCUCAUUUACAGCCGAUAGUUAUCCACAGAUCUGGAAAUCAUGGCUCAACAGGCGAAGUGACAAAAUAGCUGCAAUUCGAAUUUUGGUCAUUGAAAGCCUUGGAGCGAUAUUGAAGUCACAUUCGGGAUUAAGCCAGGACAUCAUAAGCUGCUUUGAGCAAAAGUUGUUAGAUCCAGAAGAAAAAGUCCGAGCGGCAGUUUGCAAAGCUUUGAAGCAGCUUGAAUUGGAUGUGAUAAAGCAUCAAGUGCCGAAAUCUACAUUAGAAAAACUCAGUUUGCGAUGCAAAGAUAAGAAGCCGCUUGUCCAACAAGAAGCAUUAGCGACGCUAGCGUUUCUAUUCGAUCAAGCAUACGAUGAAAUCUUACUAGGAAACGAAGAGUCACGAAACUUGUUUAUAUGGAUACCCACCGCCAUUAUCAAUUGCAUUUACGUCGACGAUAAUCAUUUGACAUGCUCCAUGGAGAAGGUACUAGUGAAUCACGUCAUGCCUCCAAAUGAAGAUCCUAUUGAACGAUCCAAACGCCUAUUAUUGGUGUUGCAAUCACUGGAUGAUCGAGCAACAAAAGGAUUUUUAGCACUGAUGCAAAGACAACACAUAACUGCUUCGAUUUUGCAACGCAUAGUUGAGACAUGCAGGGCUACAACGAAUUCAGAUCAUAUGAACAAUGGAAAUCUAGAAGUGCUGAUCAAAUCAAUCUCAACAAAACUUCCUGAGCCCAUCCGGGUGUCAAAUAACCUUCGUCGAUUCUGUGAUUUGAGUGACGAACAGCUUUUAAAUUGUUUAGACGUGCAACUUGGUUCCCAGUUCGAAUAUUCUGUGUACAGGAAACAGUCCACCCAAUUUUUAGAACGUGUGGAACAAGUUCUACCUGGUACAUCUGACACAUUCACGACGCUAAUGCGGCGGAUGUCAGUAUUCCUAUUCGACAAAGAGAGCAUAUCGUAUUUCCUACAACUUGAGAGUAAUUCCAUUAUGGAUGAAGAUUAUGGAAUAGAUAUGCGAAGCGCUGCUCGGAAGCUGCUGAAAAGUAUAUCGAGCAACUUCCCAAGUCUUCUUCAGGAUCACUUGGACAACCUGACGCACUUGCUCUUGAGCACGCCAGAUAAUCACCUUGCCGAAGAUGGUUUGAAUCUUUUGGCGCAGCUUUGCAAGCAAUGUCCAAAUGUAUUAUUCUUAGACAGCAAUGCUGCUAGCAAGCUAUUAACUGCCGCCAAAAGUGGAUCACCGCAAGAAGUGGAGUAUGCCACUGCGAUUCUUACCAACGCUUGUAACGCUGACACCAUUUGUGAGGACUUGUUCAACGAGAUUUGUUCGAAUUUGGAACCGACAAAUCCCAAAUUAUACGAAAGGUUGAUUGCGCUCAACCAGAUCGCUGCCUUUACCACAUCAUAUUUCGAUGGCUGGGAUCAAAAGAUAGCCGACUUCUUGAUUGGUAAGAUCAAGGAACCCGAUAAUAUCACCGAGAAACAAGCACCUAAUCCUGUUUGGGUGGAGACGGACAAUUUGCCUAAAAAUGCCAAGCUCAAGUUGGUCGCACUUGCAAUUUUGGUGAACAGACUAAAGAAGGUGGCUAAAUCGACGAAUACCAUACCAUCCAUUGUAAAUAAUGUCUUCGACCUUCUUUGGAGUUUGCUAGAAGAACCACCAGCCGGAUCAAUCCUGGCCAUCAAAGCACAACUUCGACUUGCUUCGGCUUUAGCCAUCACAACUCUUAGUCAGCUUGAUUCUUACUCACAACUUGCAUCAGUGAAAGGUUUUGAGAAGCUCGCUCUGACAGUUCAGGAUGCGGUGUUUGAAGUCCGUGCUGGAUUUUCCGAGAUGAUCAUUAGAGAUUUGCAGUCUGGAGCGUUGCAUCCAAGAUACUUCGCCGUCUUAUUUUUGCUUGCCCAUGAACCUGAGAAGGAUUUGAUGCGUCAAACCAAGACAUUCAUAAAGAAACACGCAAAAGUAAACCAUGGAUUGGUGGCUCAGAAGUCCUAUAUCGAGAUGUCCCUUGUUCAGUUGGUUCAUCUCUUGGCACAUCAUCCUGAUUUUGGAGAAUCUGAAGAAGAUAUCAAAUUGUUCAUCCCAUACAUCGAACUCUUCUUGGAUUGCGUUGCAACUAGUGACAAUAUUUCGUUCUUAUAUCAUAUCGGACAAAAGUUCAAAGCAACUACUGAUGCAGUGGACCCUAGCCAUAGCAAGCACUCGUACAUUUUGAGCGAUUUAGCCUGCGCGCUGAUGCAACAGAAAUGCAAAGCUUCCUCAUGGUCACUGACUUCAUAUCCUGGAAGAGUAAAACUCUACACCGAACUCUAUACUUCGUUUGCAACUAAUGAACUCCAGACUGAGGUAAGUCAACGUUGGUAGGAAAGCCAAGCGAUGGCAAACUCAACUAAUGAUGUAUGUAGAAUAUGAGGCGCACAUUCAUGGUGCCAACAGUACUUCACGAUAAAGAGAACAUUGAAGCAGUGAAUAAUCAAUCAAAAGAGAAGCAGGAUGGAAACAACACCAAAAGAAGCAGGGAAACAAUUCACAACCAUGAUUCUUUCA